UUAACCUCUUAAGGGCCAAACACACAAAUGGCAUUUUAAGUACAAGUGGCCUGUUUGAACCCUGAAAGGGUGAUGGGUCUGCAGUCCCCAAAGUUCAGGGAGACCCAGAAAUCUCACCAUGCCCCUUCUUGUGUUGUGUUUGUGACAGCCUCUCUCCUCUUCCUCGUCUUGAAGAUGGAAAAGAUGCUUGUGGGCUGCUUGCUGCUGAUCCUCGGACAGAUCCUCGUCCUCCCUGCUGAGGCCUGGGAACGGGUUCGUGCCAGGGCCAACUCUAGAGACAGACACACUCGGACCCACCCGCAGACAGCCCUGCUGGAGAGCUCCUGUGAGAAUAAGCGGGCAGAUCUGGUCUUCAUCAUUGAUAGCUCCCGAAGCGUCAACACCCAUGACUACGCGAAGGUCAAGGAGUUCAUCGUGGACAUUUUGCAGUUCUUGGACAUUGGCCCUGAUGUCACCCGGGUAGGCCUGCUCCAAUAUGGCAGCACUGUCAAGAAUGAGUUCUCCCUCAAGACCUUCAAGAGGAAGUCUGAGGUGGAACGUGCUGUCAAGAGGAUGCGGCAUCUGUCCACGGGCACCAUGACGGGGUUGGCCAUCCAGUACGCCCUGAAUAUAGCAUUCUCAGAAGCAGAGGGGGCCCGGCCCCUGAGAGAGAAUGUGCCACGGGUCAUAAUGAUAGUGACGGACGGGAGGCCGCAGGACUCAGUGGCCGAAGUGGCCGCAAAGGCCCGGGACACGGGCAUCCUCAUCUUUGCCAUUGGUGUGGGCCAGGUAGACUUCAACACACUGAGGGCCAUUGGAAGUGAGCCCCAUGAGGACCAUGUCUUCCUGGUGGCCAACUUUAGCCAGAUCGAGACGCUGACCUCCGUGUUCCAGAACAAGUUGUGCACGGCCCACAUGUGCAGCGUCCUGGAGCACAACUGUGCCCACUUCUGCAUCAACACGCCUGGCUCGUACAUCUGCAGGUGCAAACAAGGGUACAUUCUCAACUCGGAUCAGACGACUUGCAGAAUCCAGGAUCUGUGUGCCUCAGAGGACCACGGCUGUGAGCAGCUCUGUGUGAAUGUGCCGGGCUCCUUCGUUUGCCAGUGCUACAGUGGCUACACCCUGGCUGAGGACGGGAAGAGGUGUGUGGCUGUGGACUACUGCGCUUCAGAAAACCACGGAUGUGAGCAUGAGUGUAUAAAUGCGGAUAGCUCCUAUUUUUGCCGGUGCCAAGAAGGAUUUGCUCUUAACCCAGAUAAAAAAACAUGCACAAAGAUAGACUACUGCGCCUCACCUGAUCAUGGAUGUCAGCACGAAUGUGUUAACACAGAUCAUUCCUACUCCUGCCGCUGUCUGAAAGGCUUUGUCCUGAAUCCAGAUAAGAAAACCUGCAGAAGGAUCAACUACUGUGCGCUGAACAAGCCAGGCUGUGAGCACGAGUGUGUCAACACGGAGGAGGGUUACUACUGCCGCUGCCGUCAGGGCUACACCUUGGACCCCAACGGCAAGACCUGCAGCCGGGUGGACCACUGUGCGCAGCAGGACCAUGGCUGCGAGCAGCUGUGUCUGAACACGGAGGAGUCCUUCGUCUGCCAGUGCUCGGAAGGCUUCCUCAUCAACGAGGACCUCAAGACCUGCUCCCGGGUGGAUUAUUGCCUGCUGAGCGACCACGGUUGUGAAUAUGCCUGCAUCAACACAGACAGAUCCUUUGCCUGUCAGUGUCCCAAGGGACAUGUUCUCCGCAGUGAUGGAAAGACGUGUGCAAAGUUGGAUGCCUGUGCUUUGGGGGACCACGGUUGUGAGCAUUCUUGUGUCAGCAGUGAGGACUCGUUUGUGUGCCAUUGCUUUGAAGGGUACAUACUCCGUGAAGAUGGGAAGACUUGCAGAAGGAAAGAUGUCUGCCAAGCAGUGGACCAUGGCUGUGAACACAUUUGUGUGAACAGUGGCGAGUCCUACACCUGCAAGUGUUUGGAGGGAUUCCGGCUCGCUGAGGAUGGCAAACGCUGCAGAAGGAAGGAUGUCUGCAAAUCGACCCAGCACGGCUGCGAACACAUUUGUGUUAAUCAUGGCAAUUCCUACGUCUGCAAAUGCUCAGAGGGAUUUGUUCUAGCUGACGAUGGAAGACGGUGCAAGAGAUGUACUGAAGGCCCCAUUGACCUGGUCUUUGUGAUUGAUGGGUCCAAGAGCCUCGGAGAAGAGAAUUUUGAGGUUGUGAAGCAGUUUGUCACCGGAAUUAUAGAUUCCUUGGCGAUCUCCCCCAAAGCUGCCCGAGUGGGGCUGCUCCAGUACUCCACGCAGGUCCGCACGGAGUUUACCCUAAGAAACUUCCACUCGGCCAAGGACAUGAAGAAAGCCGUGGCCUACAUGAAGUACCUGGGCAAGGGCUCCAUGACGGGGCUGGCCCUGAAACACAUGUUCGAGAGGAGUUUUACCCAAAUAGAAGGGGCCAGGCCCCCCUCCACACGGGUGCCCAGAGUGGCCAUCGUAUUCACCGACGGACGGGCUCAGGAUGACGUCUCCGAGUGGGCCGGUAAAGCUAAGGCCAAUGGGAUCACUAUGUAUGCUGUUGGGGUCGGAAAAGCCAUUGAGGAAGAACUACAAGAGAUUGCCUCUGAGCCCACAGACAAGCAUCUCUUCUAUGCCGAAGACUUCAGCACAAUGGGCGAGAUAAGCGACAAGCUAAAGCAAGGCAUCUGCGAAGCUCUAGAAGAUUCUGAUGGAAGACAGGACUCCCCAGCAGGGGGAAUGCCAAAGAGGGCCCAACAGCCAACAGAAUCUGAGCCAGUCACCAUAAAUAUCCAAGACCUACUUUCCUGUUCUAAUUUUGCAGUGCAACACAGAUACCUGUUUGAAGAAGACAAUCUUUUACGGUCUACACAAAAACUUUCCCAUUCAACAAAACCUUCAGGAAGCCCUUUAGAAGAAAAACACGAUCAAUGCAAAUGUGAAAACCUUAUAAUGUUCCAGAACCUUGCAAACGAAGAAGUAAGAAAAUUAACACGGCGCUUAGAAGAAAUGACACAGAGAAUGGAAGCCCUGGAAAAUCGCCUGAGAUACAGAUGAAGAUUAGAAAUACUCUACAUAUUUGUGUCAUUGUAUCAAGGAUUACAAUAAAAGCAAUUCAGAGCCUCAAAGCUCAAACUCUUGUUAAAUUGAGAUUGUGAAGUUAAACAUAGCCAGUUCUGAGAAAGCUGGUUUGCUAUAGAACAAAGACAAAAAGUAGAUACUAACUUGUGUAAGUUUAUUUAGGAAAAAAAAAUCCUUCAUAAUUCUAAGAUGAGUUUACCAAGUAAGAAUAAAUAAGCUAUGCAAGGAUAUACUGUGGACACAACUUGCUUCUGCCUUGUCCUGCCUUAGAGUGUUGUAAUCUCUCAGAUACACUCUGCAAUCUUACUUCUGUAGAACACUGGUCACAGGAAAUGUUAUUUUUUGGUAUUGGACUUUACCUUGAUAUAUGUAUAUGGAUGUAUGCAUAAAAUCAUAGGGCAUAUGUACUUGUGUACCAAGUUGGAUUUUUAUAAAUACAAUAUUAAAAUUCACUACUUCCGAGAA